AUGCCCUACAACACCACCGCCAUCCCCCCCCGCAAGGAAGUCACCGGCCAAACCCAGCUCCCCCUCACCCGCGUCAAAAAAAUCAUCGCCCAAGACCCCGACAUCCAAGUCUGCUCCAACAACGCAGCCUUCGUCAUCACCCUCGCGACCGAAAUGUUCGUCCAGUACCUCGCCGAACAAGCCCAGGAGAAAACAAAACUCGAACGGAAACCCCGCCGAAACAUCCAGUACAAAGACAUUGCCAACGCCGUCGCCCACCAGGACAACUUGGAAUUCCUCGAGGACGUGGUCCCCAAGACGACCUCCUACAAGGACGUCAAAGGCAAAGCCGCUGCUGCCAGAACGAGGGUCAAGGGCGGGGAUAAACCGAGUGGGGAUCAGCCUGAGGGGGGGAUGCCCAAUGGGAAGAAACACAAGGUCGCUGCCAAUGGGGCUGGGAGUUCGCCGGAUGGGGGAGUUCAACGGAGCAGGAUUUUGAGCACGAGUGAUGCUGGGGAUCCGAAUGCGCAGUUGGAGGCUGAGGCGGAGGCGGUUGUUGCGAGGAGGGGGGGGAAUGAUGAUGGGGAUGUUGAUAUGACGGGCUAG